AUGAGUCCCAAGGUUCUAGUUGAUUAUCUACCGCACUGCGAAAUCAAGUUGACCAGGCACAUUAAGACUGUGACGUAUCUCCAUCUCGACAUGGCCGAGGCCAGCUGCACUCAAGUCGACUCCGGCUCCGGCAAUAAUCCCUUGUUGUGCGCAUCAUACUCCAUUCCGAAAGGCGUUGGCUCCAGUGUCACCGUCGGCCUGCAAACACUCUCGAUUGGGAGGACGAGUCCACCGACGGUAACGCAAGAGAACGGGUCCGUCUUCUACAGUAUGACGAAUAAUGUCAACUACGUAGUGCAUUUUAUUGUGCAGUAUUACGACGCAAAGAUCAACAUGAACGCGUGGAGAACAUUUAUUCUGGAACCAGGCGAGGCGUGCAACGUCGGCUUCCCUUCGACUUUGCAGAAUGUUAAGCUCACCUGCUAA